AUGCCACCAAAAUCAAAAUCCAUUUUUCGCCAGCCCGGCGUUAAGCACUUCCAGCUUGUACAUCGUUCGCAACGGGAUCCUCUAAUCAAUGACCCCGAUGCCAGCCAGCACAUUCUCAAGCCGUUCGAGAGAGAAAAUGUAAAAAAGGGCAAGUCUCGAGCAGACCUCGAAGAACUAUUGUCAGAGGAACUCUCUUCCGGACAGAUACCUAAAAAUAUUGGGGAGGCUAGUCUUUAUGGAAUCUACUACGAUGAUACCGAAUACGAUUACAUGCAACAUCUUCGACCCGUCGGUAUUCAAGAGGAGGGAGUUGAGAGUAUUUUGAUCGAGGCGCCAGCGACAUCGAAAAACAAACGCUCAGGGAAGCAGACCCUGGAACUUCCCAAGGAUACACUUCCGCCGACAUACGAGCUCCCGAGAACGUAUGAAUCCCAGCAAGCAAUCCCAGAGAGCAUCGCCGGGUUCCAGCCUGACAUGGACCCCCAUCUUCGUCAAGUCUUGGAGGCUCUGGAGGAUGACGCUUUCGUCGACGACGGUUUGGAAGAUGAUUUCUUCCAGGAGCUGGUAGGCGAUGGUGAACGUGGUAGCGACGAAGAUUUCGAUUUCGAGUUUGAAGAGGAUGGCGUCCAAGACCAAGCGGCGGAGGGGGAGGAGGCGGAGCCUGCUGAGGAGACUUGGGAAGACCGAUUCAAAAAGUUCAAGCAGGAACAACGUGCGGCACCAAGGGAGGAUAGUGAUGAUGGGCUGGCUUCAGAAGGCGGGGAUACCAUUCGCAGUCUUCAGACGAUAUCUGUGAUUGGAGGGAAGAAGCGCAGGAGAAAGGGCUCAAGUGUUGCCUCUGGGUAUAGUAUGAGUAGCUCCUCGAUGUAUCGGCAUGAAGGGCUGCAAACCCUGGACGAGAGGUUCGACCAGAUGAUGCUCAAGCAGUACGGCGAGGACGAGGACGAGGACGAAGAAGACCAUGAAGGGGACCAUGAACAUAUGUCCGAUUCUGACGAAGAUUCUGAUGAAGCCCCGGAACUCAUCACGUCAAGAGACGAUUUCGACAGCAUGGUAAAUGAAUUCUUGAACGAUUACGAGAUCCUCGGUCGGAAGAUGAGGCCAAAACUUGAAGGCGAAACGGGAUUAGACAAAUUGGACACCCUUCGUCGUGCCGUUGGUGAAGCGAAAAUCCGCGAGGGACAGGACAACAGUGAUAGUGACGAAGAUCUGUUUAUCGAAGAAGAAGACAAGAAGGACAGAUGGGACUGUGAGACCAUCCUCACGACUUACAGCAACUUGGAGAAUCACCCUCGACUCAUUCGAGCCCGUGACUCAAAACCUGUCCCGAAAAUCGUCCUGGACACCAAGACCGGCAUGCCUUCUGUAGUCGCGCCAACUCUUCCUAAGGUGAAAGACCAACGAGUGAAAGAGACCCGCAAAGUUACUUUCUCCAACUCCGAAGACACAGACGGAUCUGACGAUGAGGACUCUGCUCCACGGGGCCCUGCUGUCGGUCGACCGCGAAACGAAUCUAAAGAGGAAAAGAAGGCCCGCAAGGCCGCCGCAAAAGCUGCCAAGCAAUCCCGUCGAGUCGAGAAGAAGGCCAUGCAAGUACAGUUUGACACUGAAAUCCGAGACCAGAAGAAGAAAUUAGCGCAUUCAGGGAUCAAAAUGAAGAAACUGUAGACUACACAGACACACCUUUGCGAUUUUUGGACUGUAUUCGUUACAGCCUGCAUCUACUAUUGAUUCAAUUCGUCGAACUGUCCA